UCACGCCUCAUUGUCCCAUCGCUCCCUCCCACUGCUCCCCCGGCAGCCCGGCCUCCAGCCCCAGCGCUGCCUGCCAGGUUUCCCUAGCGAUGGGCCGUGCCGUACGACGCGGCGUGCUGGCUUCCUCCCCGCGGUCCCCGGGCUGGCCGGCCUCCCGACAGCCGCCGCAUUCCCUGCCGCCAUCCUCCGGCCUCCUCCCGCCGCCGCGCUCCCUCAGGCAGCCCAUGGCCGGACCCUGCUCGGCGCGGCUGCAGGGCGACGCGGCCGCCUUCAGCGCUGCCCUGCGCACCCUGGUCAACAACCCCCAGUUCAGCGAUGUGAUGUUCGUGGUGGGCCAGGAGCAGCAGAAGGUGUUUGCUCACCGCUGUGUGCUGGCGUGCCGCUGUCAGGUGUUCCGUGGCAUGCUCAGCCAGGCACCAGUGGGCAGCCAGGACUCCUCCAGCAGCGUCCCACCCCAGGGCCCCUUCAUCGUGGGCAACGUGCAGCCUGAGGUCUUCCUGGCCGUCAUUGAGUUCCUCUACACCAACAGUGUCACCCUCAACAGCCACAUAGCACUGGAGGUGCUGACCUCAUCGGUGGAGUACGGCUUGCAGGACCUGUGCAAGCUGUGUGUCAAGUUCAUCAAGGACACGCUGAGCGUGGAGCAGGUCUGCGAGGCUCUGCAGGCUGCGGUGACCUAUGGGCAGGUGGACCUCCAGCAGCACUGCCUGGCCUUCAUCGAGGGCUGCACCAUGGCAGUGGUGCGGACCCAGGGCUUCCGAGAGCUCUCCGACGUGGUGCUGGCGCAGGUGCUGCGCAGUGACCGCCUGGCCGCCGAUGAGCCGGACCUGGUGCAGGCUGUGCGGGAGUGGGCACACGUCAGCUCGGCUGUCCUGGAGCGUCCGGUGCCAGAGGUGGCUGCCCUGCCAGUGAGGGAGCUGCGUCUGCCCUUGCUGGCACCCAGCGAACUGGUGACACUGGAGAGCUGCAACCAGCAGGACCUCCUCAUCCCGGUGGAGAACAUCGCUGCAGCCUGGCGUGCCCACGCACUGAGGAAGGGCAGUGGGGUGCCCUCCCGCCUCUGCCGUCCCCGCCGGGGCACACGGCCCCGCGACCACCACCGUCACCUUGAGCCACACGCCAAGUAGGGGCUGGGCAACAAGUUUUGUCCAGCCCAGUCAGGGACGCUGCAGCGGGGCAGGCAGUGGGGCUGGGCACUGAUGCUGCCGUGGCCAAGAGCAUCGGUAAGGUGCUUUGUGCCAUGUCACAGCACUGGGGCCAGAGCAGGAUGCCUGGGUCACCCCAAAAGUGAUGCAGGGGCUGGGGGUAGGGUAGAGCUGGGCUAUGCCAGGGGUGCAAGGACACUGCAGGCUGCUCAGGUAGUGACCCAAGGGUGGUGGGACUGCAGAGAUCCCUGCGGGAUGGGAACUCAAGAUGAGCUUCCCCUUCCCCGGGGCCGUGCUGCCCUCCCCCGGCAGCGAGGCCGUGCUGCAGUGGGAGAAAGCACCAGCACCAGCCCGGGCAGCGGCACGGGGACCCUGGGGCUUGGAGAGGGUGCAGGUAGGAGGGGACACAUGGGCAUCUUUGCACGCACUGCUGCACCGACAGGCUCCCAACCCCCGCCAAGCCCUACCAGCAGGCCACACACACACAGGA